AUGGCGCUUUCUGCUCGCCGGCACGGCCAGUCACCGUCGGCGGAAAUCCAGCCUUAUCAUGCCCGAGCAGCAGUUGAGUGGGGCCAGUUCAGGGAAGGGUGUAUUCUGUGGAUACGGCCUGAGGCGUCGGUGCAUGAAUUUGAUCCUUCUUUGACGGCCGGUCUUCAGAUGGAUAAAUGGGUGUAUGAUCAUCCGUGCGUGGUUAUGUCGUUUCAUCAACAUGCUGUGAAGAGGCAGAUGAUUGUUUGCGUUGCUCCGGAUGGCUUGAACCAAAAUCUUCCCAUUGCCCCAAUAAAUCCUAUCAAUGGCAUUCAGCUGUCGUUGCGGGGCGGUCGAAAGCUGGACAGACUUUCGUAUGUGAAGAAAGUGCGCUUUGAAGUCGAUGUGCGGCUCCUUGCCCUCUGGGCUGGUGGUGCUAGAGCCGACACACUGCGCCUCACGAAGGGCUCCUGGAAAAUAUUGCUGAGGGAGAUAACGGCGGCUGUGGUUCCAUGGGUUCCAGUUCCGGGCACGAGACUCGCUCCCGCUGCUCCUCGCAUGGUGGCAGCUGUUGAGGUGGAAAUUCCUCAAAUUGCGGCAGGCGGCGUCUCGCCGGGAGACCUUGAGGCACAGCCUCUGCUUGAGCGCUCUUCUCGACGGUCUCCCGGCCAAGUGCUUGGUGGUGAUGACACCAUGGUAGGAGAGUCGUAUGGAAUGGUCUGGUGGGUUUGGCUGGGUGUUAUUGAGCCGCCGUUGAAGCUCGUGCUCUGUGUUCCAACUUUGGUAGUGCUGAUCGUGGUAGUCAUCGUGAAGGUUCUGCUGGCUCCCGUCUGUAUUGCCUUGUUGAAGCUAUUCCGUGUGGUCUGCAAGGCUUCUGGCGGUGGACCUGUGUUGACGUGCAAUAAUUUCGGAAAGCUUUUGUUCGGCGCAUUGACCGGGGAGGAUCUCGCGCGAGUGGUGGAUCGCAUGAAGGUUAAUGAGUAA